GCGAAUGAAAGAAUUCGUCAAAGAAAAUUUCCUAAAAUUAUAAUCACUAUCUAUAAAGAUAUCAAAUAUCAAUUUUCAAAUGGAAUUAAAAUAUACUUUUAUUCAAAUACUAAUUCUACUAAAGCUUAAUUACCUCUGUAAACUUAGCAUUAAUAAUAAUAGAUCAUCUAUUUUAGCAAUAAAUGCCUGGAUGUUAAAUUUGUUGAUGGUACUAAAUAGAUAUUAUUUCAAGAUAGAGCUAAAAAAUAUAGUACUUACAAAGGAGAAGAAGAGGUUCGUCAUUCCGAUGGUGCUAAAUAAACAAUAGAUUAUGAUGGGAUUAAGAAAUAAGAAUACUUAAUGGUGAUUUGAAAGUAAUAAAAUAAAAAAAUGAAUUUAUUUCUGAUAAAAUAUGUUAAAAAUUUCUUUAUUAAAAUUGAUUUCA